AUGCCGGAACGACCUCCUUUCCAUCCUCGUCCUGCUCAACCUCCUGGCCCUACCUAUCUCCAGUACUCCCCUGACGGGCAAAGAUUGAUCGUCGCCGGCGUGGGCAACUUUGCACGCUCGUUCAGGACCGGUGACAAUGGAGAGCCAGACCUGCUCCCGGAGACGCACGAGGAGACCUACGCUGUUGCAUCAGGGAAUGAGUACGUGAUCUUGGGUUGCGAGGAUGGCACAGUAUGCGAGUAUGCAGUCCCAUCGGGAGAUCUGAAGCAGAUACUCGUCCGAACAACACUGCCUGUGCGGGACAUAGCACUUUCUCCUGACGAGAAAUGGAUUGCAGUUUCAAGCGAUGAACUCGAGGUCAAGAUUGUCAAUCGACAUGAUAUCGAGCAAAUAAGGACUCUUCGUGAACACCCAAAGCCGAUCAAGCACCUCUCGUACGACCCCAGUGGGAAAUACCUUGCUGCGUCUUGCACAAAUGGCGUUAUCUACAUUUACACCAUGGCAGGCCCCGAGCCUAGUCUGCUCCGGACGAUAGACGGAGUCAUCAAUCGCCUGGAGACGGCAGAAUCUACGUCGUCAAAGUGUGUAUGGCACCCUGAUGGAAGAGCAUUUGCCUGUGCCACUCAGACACGAGAUAUCCAAGUCAUCUCGGUCGAGGAUGGAGCUCACCAGCGAGCCUUCGCAGGAGCCCACAAUGGGGAUAUCACGUCACUGGCCUGGUCACCGAAUGGAGCGCUGCUUGCAAGUUCUAGUGCAGAUGAUCAGCUGGUCAUAUGGGAGACCAAGACACAAACCGUUCUCAGGAGAUUCAACUACGAAAAGAUCAUCAACCUUGCCUGGCAAAGCACCGGCGAGAACAUCUUCAACUGGACCACAUCCCAAGGAGAACUCUACAUCAUUCCUGACUUCUUGAAAGAUGAAGCGCACGUCCGCCUCCUCAAAGGACCAAAGGUCACGGCUCCAUUCUUCCAUGAUCCUUUACAUGAGAAGACGGCAGCUGUGAAUGGUCGGAAACCGUUGGUGAACGGCCAAGGGAAGCGCGCAGGGACACCGGAUAGUCUGGACGAGAUGCUCGGUCCCGAGGAUGAAUACGACUGGAUCGAGGACGACGACGGUGCUGGCUACAUAAAUGAAAACGGCAAGCGGACAAACGGCCACCUCGGAGGUGUCAACGGACAUUCGGCUAAGCGCAACAAGCAGGAUCUCUGGCAACCACAGAUCCACGAAGCAUUCCAGCCUGGAGCGACCCCCUGGCGUGGCAAUCGAAAAUACCUUUGUCUCAACCUAAUCGGUUUUGUUUGGACGGUCGACCAAGACACGCACAACACGGUGACUGUCGAGUUCUAUGACCGCGAAAUGUACCGCGAUUUUCACUUCACCGACCCCUUUCUAUACGACAAGGCAUGCCUGAACGAGAACGGCACGCUGUUCGCGUCACCUCCGAAGGAUGGGCAGCCUGCUGUGAUAUUCUACCGUCCCCACGAGACGUGGACGGCACGUUCUGAUUCGCGCAUCAGUCUCCCGGAUGGCGAGGAGGCCACGUGCAUAGCGUUGAGCAGUCGGUACAUCGUGGCGGUGACGAACAAGAACUACGUGCGUAUCUGGACGCUGUUCGGGACCCCAGUUCGCAUGUGGCGUAUGAAGAGUUCCCCAGCAGUCACCUGUUCGGCGUGGGGAGAUUAUGUCAUGACGGUGGGCAAUGGGCCUGUGGGCUCUGAUGGCUGUACACAGUUGAUGUACAGUAUCGACGAUGUGCGACGGGACGAGAAUUGUCAGAACGAGGACGUCUUGGCCCUGGGGACAUUGCCGCCGGACUCGGAAGAGGACGAUGUGAGUUUGAAGACCGUUUUCUGGAGCGAUUUGGGAGACCCGUGCAUUUACGACAGUAAUGGGGUUCUGUUGACGUUGGUCCACUGGCGCACUCCGGGACAGGCGAAAUGGGUACCCCUUUUGGAUACACGGUUGCUGGAUCGUCUGAAGGAUGGGAAGAAGGAGGAAACGUACUGGCCUGUCGCGGUGGCGGGAGAGAAGUUUCACUGCAUCAUCCUCAAGGGAGGCGACAAGAGUCCUUAUUUUCCCCGGCCACUGCUUACGGAAUUUGAGUUCCGCGUUCCCGCGUCGAGGCCCGUGGAGAGAAACGAAGACGAUGAGGAGCAGGAAGAGACAAACGCUGCGGCGGCAGUGCGUCUGGAAGAGGCAUAUGUCCGUACUUCAGUUAUGCUUGGUCUGAUGGAUGAUCUCGUCCAGAGCCUAGGCGAGAGGGCUGGUCACGCUCAAAAGACGGAGGUGAUGAAGAGGGAAAUUGACGUUGACAAGCUCCUCCUGCAGUUGUUGGCCGUCGAAUGUCGCGAGGGAGAGGAAAGAGGGAUGAAGGCACUUGACAUUGUCGGAUUGUUGAGGGAUAGGAGUGGGAAGAUGUUGGAGGCUGCUGCGAAGGUGGCUGGCCGAUGGAACAGGACAGUCCUGGAGGAUAAGAUUCGUGAUUAUGCCGAACGCAGGCUGAUGGGGAUGGAGGAGGAGUGA